AUGGGAAAUUGGAGCACAGUGACUGAAUUCACCCUGAUUGCCUUCCCAGCUCUCCUGCACAUUCGAAUAGCCCUCUUUGUGGUUCUCUUGCUAAUGUACACAGUAACAGCAGCAGGAAACAUCAUCAUCAUCUCUCUAAUAUGGAUUGACCCUCACCUACAAACACCAAUGUAUUUUUUUCUCAGUAACUUAUCCCUUCUGGAUAUUUCAUAUACCACUUCUGUCACCCCAAAGCUGAUAGCCUGCCUCCUAGCACAGAAAAAGACCAUAUCAUUUGCAGGCUGCAUAUCCCAAACAUAUUUCUUCUUCUUCCUGGGGACAGUGGAGUUCAUCCUCUUGGCUGUCAUGUCCUUUGAUCGUUAUGUGGCUGUUUGUAUCCCAUUGCGCUAUGCUGUCAUCAUGAACAGCAGAGUCUGCUUCCUGCUGGUUCUGGGCUGCUGGGUGGGAGGCUUCCUCUCUGUGUUGGUACCAGUUAUUGUAGUGGCACAGGUACCUUACUGCAGAAAAGAAAUUAAUCAUUUUUUCUGUGAUAUUGGCCCUCUUCUUCAAGCAGCCUGUGCAGAUACCCAUUUUAUAGAGAAGUUGAACUUUAUCCUGUCUGCCCUUGUCAUCCUGAGCUCCCUUGGAUUCACUCUUGGGUCCUACACCUACAUCAUCUCUACCAUCCUGCGUAUCCCCUCAGGAAAAGGACGGCAAAAGGCUUUCUCUACCUGUGCUUCUCACAUCACUGUGGUCUCCAUUGUUUAUGGGAGCAACAUCUUUGUGUAUGUGAGACCCAAUCAGAAUAAUUCACUGGGUUUUGACAAGGUAGCUGCUAUUCUCAUCACCGUGGUGACCCCUCUUCUGAACCCUUUCAUCUAUAGCUUGAGGAAUGAGAAGGUCAAGGAAGUCCUAAGACACACAAUCAACAGGCUCAUUUCCUUCAUGCUAAGGAAAACUUGA